AUGAGUGAUGAAUGCAGAGUUGUGCUGAAUGAUCUCACAAUGGAAUCCACAGAUGCAAGUAAUGCUGCAAAUAAGUGGCUGAAGCAUGGGGGAGGGCUUGCUGCAGCAAUUGUCAGACAAGGUGGAAGAAUAAUCCAGCAGGAAAGUGACGAGUAUGUCUCUGUACACGGUCCCGUGGCUACAGAAUGAGUCGCAGUGACAGGACCCGGAAGAUUACCUUGUAAGGCAAUCAUCCACGCAGUAGGCCCAGUAUGGAAAGGCGGAAACUCCUCCGAGAACACGUACCUCAAAUCUGUUGUACUACGCUCGCUUGAGGAAUGUGAUAAGCGCAGUUACACCAGUGUUGCUAUCCCCGCCAUCAGCAGUGGUAUCUUCGGUUUUCCAAAGGAGCGCUGUGCAGCUAUCCUUUUCUCUGUGGUGAUAACUUAUCUACGUUCUACGAAUCUUUGUUCUCUCGAACUAGUUCGGUUCACGAACUUUGAUAAGCCGACCGUGGAUGUAUUUAAAGGGCGCGCGUUAUUGAUACACCAAGAGCUGAAGGAUGAUGUGGAUUGACAGUCAGUUGCUGUGUAGGGAAAUCUACACAGUGACGGAUCUAGGGGAAGUUACGUUGAACCUUAAUGGCAGGGCCGUAGCUGGGGGUGGGGCACGCCCCCCCAUUAUUUUCAAAGGUUUUAAGGAAAUGACUAGUAGGGGCGUGGCUGUGCCCCUCUCCCCCUUUUUUCCUUUAUGUUUCUGUAUUGUGCCCUUCCCCUUCCCCAAGCUUACGUGGCCUGCUACGACGGCUCUAAGUGAUACACAAAUUACGGCUCAAAAGCCUUCGGUUGAGUUUUCAUAAAUUGAACCAUCAUUUGAAAAAUCCUGGACCGCCACUGUCACGUUGCAGUUAAAGCAGAGUAAUGUUUCGUAGGUGGGAUAAACGUCUAAAGUUGUACAAAGUGCUGCAGCCUGUAUUACUAUAGUGAAUCUAAAUCCUUGUGGGUUUAUCUCAAAGCAUCGCCACAGGAACCCCUAGCGCCUGUUUUUUUUUUUUUUUGCUGUUUUCUGCUGAGGAGGUAUAGAAAAAGGAAAUUAUUCAAUGUCUUUUAAUUUCUAGUUUUCUCAUUGAGAGUACUCCUGGUUUUUUUUUACACAAAUGUAGGAUAAACAGAAUUGCCCAUGUGAUGUAGAUUUGACAAGGGUGGUUUAGACCCCGUCCCCACGUAUCCGUUUUCGUUUAAAAAGUCAACCUUUUUGUUAUACGGAUGUGUUACGGAUACGGGUACCGUCCACACGUCAAUGCAUGACUGAAAACGGAACGAUUUAAAAACGAUCUCCAGAGUGGAACAAUUGGAAAACGAUACCCUUUCGGAGCCGUGGGGACUGACGAAAACGGAACCUUUCAAAAACGAUGGCGUGAUUUAAUUUGCGCGCGCGAUGUAAACAAACGAAUGGGUCUACGCAUGCGCUGUAGAACUUGUUAUCGUUUUAGUAUUGUUUCUGCAUUUUCGUGGUGACGGGUCGUAUCAAAAUGAAAAAGCUUCGUGUGGACGCGGAUCUGAAAACGGAACAAAAAGGUUUGCGUUUUCAAACAAAAAAGGAUACGUGGGACGGGGUCUUGGAUCCAUGCCGCCAUCAAGACACAGGCUCAAGUACGUUCGGUUGGGCGAGCGCGCAUUCCUUUUCAAAUUUCUUUUGUUGCAGUUCUCCUGUUGCAAGCAGCAGCAUGGAACUCAAACACGCUUGUAGGUUAGCGAGAACAAAAGACGUGGAAAGGACGCGUCAAUUGUCGAGGUGCACUAAGACAUCACGUGGCUUUCUAUGCCAGAAUACGAACAACAAAAUGCAACUUAUUUUAGCACUUACGAUCUAUAGUGUCUUUAAGAUACCUCUAGUCUUUAGUCUUAACACUAGUCAAUACUUUACAAUCCUUAAAAAAAAACUAAAAUUAACCUAGA